CACGGGCAAACGAGAUCAUGGAGGCAACCGGUCCGCCGUAGAACCGCUUUACGCGAAGACCUGUCUCCAUCACCGCCUGCACUACGGCUCAGCUUCGCGGCGGUACGGUGCGAGGCCACCCGCUGCGGCGCAGAUCCGGCCGACACUUCGCCGGCGCCGCCAUUUCCCCAACCUCUCCCGGAUCCGCUCUCCUUUUAGGAUGGAUAGAGAAGCCAAGAAAGAAGGAUUCAGGAAGUAUCUUGAAUCCAGUGGUGUGCUUGAUUACCUCACGAAAGUCCUUGUUGCGCUGUAUGAGGAAAAUGACAAGCCUCCAUCUGCAGUUGAAUUUGUUCAGCAGAAACUGGGUGGUCCAUCAAUUUCUGACUAUGAAAAGCUCAAGGCUGAGAGGUUGGAUCUGCAGUUGAAGUAUAAUGAGCUUUUGGAUACCCAGAAGGAAACAUGCAGACAGCUGGAGGAACAUAAGACUAUGAAGUACGGUGCACCUUGGAACUGAAGCAACGGGUGUUGACAUUGUAAAUGUGUCGUGAAGCAUGUACUUUUACGCCGGGUUGUAUAAAAUCGAAACAUCUCUUGCUAAGUUCAUCUCCACUCUGAUGUAUUUGUUGGAAUUGGUCCAUUUAUGGCCUAUUUAUAAAAUUUCAAAGCUCUCACACUUUAAUCUCAUAGUACAAGUUCAAUGA